CACCAUCUCAUGGCGCCCAAGACAUACUCUGGCAACUGCCAUUGCGGCGCGAUCAAGUUCAAUGUUGUCCUCCCCAUUCCGAUCGAGGAAAUGGGUCUCAAUGCCUGCGAUUGCUCGAUCUGCACCAAAAAGGGCUACCUCUUCGUGUUUGUGCGCAAAGCAAACGUGACUUUCACCAAGGGCGCUGGGACGGACGGUCUCGGAGGUGGAAUACUAGUUGAUUAUCGGUUCAACAGCCGCAUGGUCUGCCAUCGCUUCUGUGGUCGUUGUGGCACGCCGUUUGGUGUUGUGAGACCACACAUGGGGGCGAGCGAAGGGUUUGCACUCAAUGCACGGAUGCUGAUGGGCGUCGAUUUGUGGAGUCUGGAUGUUGAGAAGUUUUCCGGAGGAGCACCAUGGCGUCCAUAUAACGUUCCGACCUAUCCCAAACUCAAAGAGCUACUCGCCCAGCCGCUCGAGGAUGGAGAAAAGAUUUACCACGGCAGCUGCCAUUGCGGCGCCGUCACGUUUGCCCUCAAGAGCCCGUGGUCCCUCGACAAAGCAGGGCCAGAAGGUGUCGAAAACAACCACGUUCAAGAAUGCGACUGUAGUACCUGUAUUAGAUCUGCGGGCAUGUUCACCUAUCCUCGUCCGCUCAACCGCGUCUCCAUCCACACCACCUCUCCUGAUGCCAUAACCACCUACGUCAGCCCGGUGGGCAAAGGCUUUGGAGGCGAGCAGUUCUGCAGCACUUGUGGGGUCCCUCUUUUCCAACAACUCAUUGGCCCCCCUUCCGGAGAAAGUUGCCUCGGCCCCAGCUGA